GUCAGUCAGUGGUUGUGUUUAGUUGCGGAUUAUUCAGUCCAAGUUGAAAGAUGAGCUCUCGACGGGAAGAGAUUGCGGCGACCCCAUUCAAGCUGUGGGGUGGUCGAUACUCCAAAGGAACCGAUCACGUCCUAUCGAAAGUGAACAAUUCGCUGACGAUCGACAAGCGGCUGUUCUCGGAGGACAUCGAUGGAAGUAUUGCCUAUGCGAAGAGUUUGACGGAGGCGAAACUGCUGACACAGAGUGAGUUCAAAGUGAUUUGCUAUGGACUGGAGACGAUCAGAGCCGAGUGGGAGAAGGGAACGAUCAAAUUAAUGCCACGGGAUGAGGAUGUGCACACGGUGAACGAACGGCGAUUGAUCGAGAUUAUUGGGCUGCAGAUUGGUGGAAAGUUGCAUACCGGGCGGAGCCGAAAUGAGCAGGUCGUGGUCGAUAUGAAAUUGUGGAUGAGGAAUUCGGUGCAAGAGGUGAUGAAGCAGUUGAGUGAGUUGAUCAUGGGGAUUACCGAUGUUGCGGAGAAGUAUAUUGGAGUGCUGAUGCCGGGUUAUACGCACAUGCAGAAGGCCCAACCAGUGAGGUUCAGUCAUUGGAUCUUAAGCUAUGCGUUCUACUUCAAAGAGGACUACCAGAGGUUCACGGAGUUUUUGAAGCGAAUGAAUGUACUUCCUCUGGGCAGUGGAGCGUUGGCGGGAAAUCCGUUCAACAUCAAUCGUCACCAGCUGGCAGCUGACCUAGGAUUCAACGGGGUAUCCGAGAACAGUAUGAAUACGGUCAGCGAUCGUGACUUUGUGGUGGAAUUCAACUUCAUUUGCACCCUGGCCGGAAUUCACAUGAGUCGACUGGCCGAAGAUCUGAUUCUAUUCUCCACGAAGGAGUAUAACUUUUUGGAACUAUCCGAAGAGUACACGACGGGCAGUAGUUUGAUGCCACAGAAGCGGAAUCCGGACAGUUUGGAGCUGAUUCGAGGAAUUUCGGGCAGCAUCUUUGGUCAACACUGUGGACUGCUGAUGACCCUGAAAGGCCUGCCGUCGACGUACAACAAAGAUUUGCAGUGCGAUAAGAGUGGUAUGUUUGCUGUUUACGAUCAGAUUUUGCUCACACUGACGCUAAUGACCGGAGUGAUAACGACGAUGAAAGUGGACGAGGAACGCUGCCUGAGUGCUCUCAGUUACGACAUGCUUGCAACGGACAUGGCAUACUAUCUGGUGCGCAAGGGACUUCCAUUCCGAGAGGCUCACCACAUUUCGGGAGAAGUUGUAGCAUUUUCGGAGAAGGUCAAAAUCCCAAUCAACAAGCUCACCUUGGAGGACCUCACGGAGAUCAGCCCGUGCUUCGACGAGACGGUUAGCGCUCUGUGGAACUACGAGAACAGCGUCGAACAGUACACCGUCGUCGGAGGAACCUCCAAGAUCGCGGUCCAGGAGCAAAUCAACCUACUGAAGGGCUUUCUUUCGAGCUGUGAAUAACCCUGUAGGGUCCUAGCGUUUACCAUUAUUUUGUUUUAUUGCUGAAUCUGUAUAAAUAUCGUGUUUGACUUUGUUCUGUAAAGUAUGAUAGCGAGAAAGUGUUAAAUUGUUUAUGUAUACUGCAAAACAAACGAACAAAAAACUGUGCCAUUUUUUCCCUGUCUCGUAACUAAUAAACACCUUCCUGUUUUAAUAAUACAUAAA